CGUAACUACGUCAAUUCCGUUGUGACGUACGAGUUGUACGCGCUGAAGUAGUGUGUGAAGAUGGCGGACGAGGAGGCCGAGCAGGACACUGGUCUUGUGGACAGUAUCAGCAUAACAAUUGGGGAAGUCAGAAAAUUGCUGGAAGGACUACAUGUAGUUGUGAUUAGAGAAAGCGCAAACUCACCAGUUCAGUCCUCUUCUGAUUACUGUCAGGAGUUUUGUAGGACACUGUUGGAGUUUGUAGGCCGUUGGAAGACAGAGGACGAGCCUUUGCCACUUGUACAAGUGUACUUGGUUGCGCUACUGAGUUUUGCAAAGGCUUCUCCAUACCUCUCUCUGCAGUGUGAAAAUGUUCCACUUGUGAUUGAGAGGCUUUCACUGAGCUUUUUGGAGCUCUUGCUCUCACUUCAGAAUCUUCCAGAUGAUUUAUGGCAGUAUUUCAAGUCCUCUGUGCAGUUUGCACACGACACACUUCAGGAGAAUGGAAUCACCCAGCUGUCGUUACUGUGUGUCCUCAGCCAGCAUGAAGGCAUUUGGAGCCACAAAGUUCUGCAAAGUAUUCUGUCUAACGAGAAUCCUACAACAGAACAAGUUGAAGUGUUCCUGGAGCAGGAGGGCCCUGUCUUGCUGAAAAUGAGAGUGAAGCAGCUGAUGAAGGAAAAGCAGUUAAAAAAGGCUGCACUUCUGGCAAAGAGCAGCGCUGAAUGUUCUGCCUUCCAAACAAAGGGGGAUUUCAAGCAGUUAUACCUUGUCUGCCUCUGUGGCAUUUUAGAAAAAGAUCAACUCAUGGAGGAGCUUUCGAAGGAGGACUGUCAUGAAGCUUUGGAGAUGAUUUGCAACCUAGAAUCAGAUGGAGAUGACAGUGAAGCCUUCAGUUUAUGUUCAGCCUUUCUAACACGUCAGCUUCUCCAAGGAGACACAUACUGUGCUUGGGAGCUCACUCUGUUUUGGAGUAAGUUGCUAAAGCGAUUAGAGCCAUCAGACCACACCUUCCUUGAUAGGUGUCGACAGAUGUCAGUCUUAUCUAAAUCUGUGUACCACAUCCUGUUCCUCAUCAAGGUCAUCCAGUCAGAGAUAACCCACAUUGGCCUACCAGUGUGUAUAGAGUUGUGCAUAAUGGCUCUACGGAUCACAUCGAAGGAUGACAAAGGAAAGGCCACAGUGUGUAAAACAAUUUCCUGUAUGCUUCCUGCUGAUCUGGAAGUUAAGAGAGCAUGCCAACUAACAGAGUUCCUUCUGGAGCCCACGGUGGAUUCAUACUAUGUUGUGGAAACACUUUACAAUGAACCAGAUCAAAAACUAGAAGAGGAAAAUAUGCCCAUUCCUAACUCUCUACGUUGUGAGCUCCUACUGGUUUUAAAGACCCAGUGGCAUUUUGACCCAGAGUUCUGGGAUUGGAAAACACUGAAACGUCAUUGUCUGUCACUAAUGGGUAAUGAGGCUUCAAUCGUUUCAUCCAUUGACUCUCUAAAUGAUUCUGAGAACACAGAGGAAGAGGAAGACUAUGUGAGUCUAAAGGAGUUGAACAAUAUCCCUGACGACACAGUCAGUGGCACAUAUCAACUUCAAGAUGUCACAGAUAAAAAGCAAAAAAAUCGAGAAAUGAAGAAACUGAGGGAAAAGGGCUUUGUAUCUGCCCGUUUUAGAAACUGGCAGGCCUACAUGCAGUACUGUGUGCUCUGCGACAAAGAGUUUCUCGGUCACCGAAUUGUUAGACAUGCUCAGAUUCAUCUCAGCAGUGGAAUAUAUACUUGCCCAAUAUGUGUUCAAACAUUUACAUCAAAAGACACAUUGCUUCCCCAUGUAACGUCACAUGUUAAACUUUCUUGCAAGGAAAGGCUGACUGCAAUGAAAACCAACAAAGCAUUGGUUAAUUCCAAAAUGGCUGUGCCUCCCAUUGCAAUAUUAAAGGCCAAAGCACACAAUCAGAUACAGCAACAGAACAGUGCUGUAGUUCAAAGAGUUCAGCCACAAGUGGAUAGGCGUGAUGUAGAUAUUAAUGAGGACAAUGUGUGCCCUGUUGGAAAAUGCAAGAGAAGCUUUAAGUUUUUCAAAAACCUCAUUGCACAUGUUAAAGGUCAUGGGGACAAUGAAGAAGCAAAAACGUUUCUUGAACUGCAGAGCAACAAGGUGGUUUGUCAGUACUGUCGUCGCCACUUUAUCAGUGUCACUCAUCUUAAUGAUCAUUUACAAGUCCACUGUGGUGCAAAACCUUAUAUAUGUAUACAGUUAAACUGCAAGGCAAGUUUUCUGUCAAACACCAAGCUCCUCAUUCAUAAGAAAACACAUUCAGUUUUCAAGGCUAGAUGCAUGUUUCCAAAUUGUGGGAAAAUCUUUAACGCCCCUUUUCAACUCUACGACCAUGAGGCACAUCAUUACAAAACCUUUACUUGUAAAGCUCUGGGCUGUGGAAAGGUGUUUCAUUCUCAACAACAGCUAGACUUGCAUCUAGAGAACCAUGUUAACCAGGAUCAAGAAAGUCCACCUCGUUCACAGCCGUCAGCCAAUACACAGCCAGGUUCUUCACGUGGUGAGCAAAUACUGUCCAGUCAGUUUCCUGUUAAGGAAGAAGAAGCCCAGAAAAUCUUGAAUUCUAAUACAUCUGUGUAUCCAACUCCUGGAGAAUUUAUGAGAAUGCAAAGUUUUCUGGAGACUUCACAAGAACACGCGGAUACCUUGGAUGGAUGCCAAUUUAAACCAGAACCUCCGGAAUCAAUGUUUCCAACCAGCAACAUGAACAGUUCCAAUAAUUUCCUAAUUCAGUCUGUGGAUUCUCAUUUACUUGAUUCCAACAAAGUGAAGGAUGAGGUUGGUCAUCAGUCAUUAGAUUGCAAGAUUCCCCCUCAAAAUUAUCAUCCGGUACAUCAGUUUGAAGCCAGUGUAGGACAGCUUUUACAAAGUCUGCCCCACACACUCAACAGCAAAUUAAAUACGGAUGUAAUAAGUUACAAAUCUAACCAUAACUUUAUGUUACCUACACAGCAAGGGCCUGUGUCUUGUAGGAAUAGUUUAGCGGUAUCACUGCCCCACAUUUCUACAGAUUCAGCAAUGUUACAAUCACCUCCACUAAAGGUAAACCCUCAACAACUAACUGAGGGCAACCAGGAGAACUUUGCUACUCCCUCAAAUAUUACAGCUCCCCCCACAGGGCAGAGAGAGAGGUUUCACUGUGCAUUUGGAACAUGUACAAAAAACUACAGCUGUUAUAGAAGUGUUUCCAAGCACAUGAAAGCAGUUCACCCAGAUUUCUAUGAGCAAUGGAAAGUUGCUCGGACUGAAAUCAGAACAAGCCGCAUUGCAGCACCAAACAUCUCAUCAGGACCUUUGAGUUCAGUGUCCUCACUACAGAGGAAGCAGGCCAGCCAUCAUGUUCAAAGAAAGAAUAUUAUUCAGCCACAGCAUUGUCUUAAUACAAGUACAGCUUCUCAAUACGUAAUCCCACAUGUCCCCACAUUUUCACAAAAUCCAAACAGUUCACUUCUAAUGGAAAAUGUUUUGAACCCUGUUGUCCUUCCUCAGUUAGGUGCUGACCAAAGUCCAGUAACGCCACAGUCUCAAGUUUCAAAGGCUCAAAACCCUGUUGCUGCUGAAAGUGAAUUUGGUCCUCACUUUAAUUCUUCCCAAACAUUCAUAUCUAAUCAGCGAGUGAUGUCAGAGAUUGAUUCUACUAGUGCUGUUUUCCCUCUUGGCCUUUCCUCAUGCUCUGUAAUGGGAUCGAAAAUAAACCAGCCAGAGUCCUUGACGCCACAGUUUGGUGGUAGAUUCCAGUCUACUACUACUUCAUGCAUUCAAAGAUCAGUGGAGCUGUCACAACAUACAACAGCCUCUCAUCCCUGUACUUCACAGAUGCAAAGCAGUUUAGUCCCACGCUCCAAGACUCCAGGGAAAACCAAGCCAAAGGCAAGUCAUGAACUGUCUGAUUUUUCCAUUGUGGCAGCAAAGCAAAACAGCAGAACUGUCCACCCUAAGUGUCGCUCUGCCAUCUCUAAAAAACGUCCUGACACUCAAAAGCAAGCCAGAAAACAUACAAGAACCAAAUGGCCUGCAAUAAUCAAGGAUGGAAAAUUUGUUUGUCGAAGGUGUUUCAGACAAUUUGAUAAUCCUAGAUCUCUUGGUGGUCAUUUGUCCAAGCGAACAGUUUGCAAACCAUAUCAAGAGUCAGAAAUAAACACAGAUGUAUCCCAAUCAUUUCUUGAUCUUCUAAAUUCAGAGCAAACAGUUACAACCUCCCUGUCACAACCAUUUUACAAUGGUGUCUCUUUGUAUCAGAAGCCUGACAAGAUCGUAACUGGUUGCUCCUCAGCAACAAAACAUUAUCCCACUCCUCAAUAUCCUCAAAAUAACCUGCCAACAUAUGAAAAUAGUCAGUCAAGUAACAAUAUUCUCAAACAGCUUAUGGCAGAAUCUAGUAUGUCUGAUCAGUUUGUUCCUCCACCUGAGGCCCAACCAUUGUUCCAAAACAGCUGUGCUUCUCAUGAAGAAAGUAAGCGUCUAGUUGGUACCUCAGUUAUACAACAUACAGAAACUGUCCAGCUGAAGCAGGCAGCCAAUUCAUACGGUGCAACCCAUUCUCCCAUGGACAGGUUUCCUGGGAUUGAAUUCUCUGAUCCACCUAUCUCAGAUGUCCUCACAGAGAACUCUGCUACUGCCUUCCUAGGCAAUACUCCCAAGAUCAGCAGAACUCCUGAAUUAAUUUUUCAUGAAAGUUAUCCCUCUAAGAGAACUAUCUCAACUCCAGAUGGAUGUUCAAACUCAGUGAAGCAAAUGUUACCUGAUUUUCACCUUAGUCAAGCAAUAACAAGUGGAAUGCAAACCAUGAGUCCAGUAAAGACUACUGAUAAAGAUAUCAAAAAGCGACUGCGUGAACAGAUUUUGGCUGGUGACUUUCAACGCAGAAACGUUUGUCCUGCAAAUGGCAAUCUAAAAGCUUCAAACUCAGUUUGUAGUCCUUCCAAUAAUUCUGGAUUUCAGAACUUGUCUCACAAUGCCAUGAGUCAUUCAACACCUCAAGGCCACGUUCUGACUAGAAAAUCUCCAGUUAUUCCAGAAUUUUCUGGUGAAAUUGAAGACCUACUAAACGCACAAAGCUUUACCAAUUUCAGAGAGACUCCCAGAAUGCACAUAGAGCUACCGAGCCCCCCAGUUGCUACAGCAACUGAUGUGGAUCCUGGACCUUCAGAGUUGUCAGCCACCCAGCAGCUGUGGAUGACAGAAAUUCAAUGUGCAUUUGAAAAGCUUGACUUAGUCAAAGACAUAUCUAAUCAGUUGACAAGUUUAACACAAUAUAAGGUUGAUACAAACAGCUCGUCUAUAUCCUCCGAUGUGACAUCCCAAACUUCAGUGGCAUCAACAUCUCUUGACGUUAAACCAUUUACUUGCGAGAACAAAAACUGCACAUUUAGUUCCAUUUCCAGUGAUGCACUGUGGAAGCAUCUCUCUAAAACACACAACUACACACUAGAAAUGGUUAAUGUAGUCAAAAAAAGGUAUGGACAAUACGCUCCUUUCAAGUGUCAAAAAUGUCCAAAAGCCUUUACUCGAAACUCAAACCUUCGUAUUCAUUACCGGACAGCUCACAAAUUAUCAAAUAAGGAAAUUGCAGACUUGGAUGUAAAAAGAAGGCUUGCUAAAGCUGAAGUAUCUAAUGCUAGUCGAAAAAAGUCUGUUAGUGUAAGCCAGGUUACAAUAGCUCCAAUUACCACAGGUAACCAUUCAGUUUUAGAUAAUGGCACCCAUAUGUGUCCUCUUCAGGGUUCAAAGAUAUGUCAGACAUAUGUUCCCUGUGCCAAUGCAACUAUAACUAAUUAUAAAUAUGAAGGUGAUAAUCACUGCUCAGUUAUUCAGCCCUUGAAAGCUGUCCCCAUGCACAAUCUAGAACAUACUACACCUGCAAGGGCUCAGACCUUCACAAGCUACCAGUCAACACAAGCAGGGAUAUCAUCUGAACAUGGGUCAAAACAGCAAAGAAACCUGCCUGGAGUCCAUGCAGAGAGUCAACAUUUUCCUCUAUUCCAUGAUUUGUCUGCCACACGUGAAGCUCCACCAACUCAUGAAAGUGGUCUUUUCGAGAUGCAAACAGUGGUUAAACCAAAUAAAAACACCAUCAGGAAGUCUAAAGGGAAGAAACCAAAAUCUGGAGAUGUGAUGAGUCCAUACAGACCAUAUCGCUGUGUCCAUCAAGACUGUGAGGCAGCCUUUACGAUCCAGCAGAAUCUGAUCCUCCACUAUAGGGCUGUGCACCAGUCUGCUUUGUCAGCACUGGACGUGAGUGAGGAGCAUGACGAAAGUGAUGAAGCAGGCGAACUUACAGACCAUGGUAAAGAAGUGUUAGAGGCAGAGUUGUUGCAGAUUUCCGAAUUCAGAUGUCAGGUCAAAGACUGCUGCUGUGUUUUUCAAGAAAUUCCCAACCUCUUCCAACAUUAUCUCCAGUUGCAUGAAUUUACAGACGAUGAAGUGGAUGCGCUAUUGUCUGGAAUCAGACUUAACAGGUUUGCUUGUGGUCACCAGGGCUGCACAGAAACCUUUAUUGCUUUCAGAAAAUAUAAAAGUCAUGUUAAAGAACAACAUAAAGACCUAAACUUUGCGAAACCUGAACAAUUACAAGUUUUAUUUAAGUGUGAAAUUGAAGGUUGCGAUCGCUCUUAUGCCACAAAGUCAAAUAUGCUUAGACAUAUGAUGAAAAAACAUCAGGAGCUGUACCAGCUUAAAGUACAAAAUAAGCAAGUAAAAGAGGAUGAGAUGAAGCAAAACUCAACAUCUUCACAUUACCAAAUUACCAAAACAAGUAAUGGGAAAGAAAACAUAGAGAGUAACAAAAAGAUUCCCCAGAGACCUCAUGACAGGAAGAAGGUAGACAAGUCAAAAAGCAAACAUUGGCUUAAAUAUGGAAAACCUUCUUUGAAGUCUAAAGUGGAUGCAUCUGCAUUGUGCACACAGAAAUGUCCGCUACAGUAUCCUUGUAUGAUCAAAGGUUGCACAUCCGUCAUGAAGUCUGAAAAGAGCAUACUCAAACAUUACAUUGGACACGGACUGUCGGAAAAGUAUUUGGAACAGCACAGGAGUCACUUUAUAUUCUGCAAAAAAUUCUCUAGACAGAAAUGUCGUUCCAUCAGGAGUGAUGACUCCAAAUCCGAAAACACCUCUGAACAGUCGGACACUGAGAAGACAACAGACUCCAUCGUGGACGAAGCGAAAUAUGAAUAUUCAAAGCCGGUCCUACGCAGAAGGAGCCCAGCAGAGAUGCCAGUUACUCUGUUUAACACCAAUUUAUCAAAUAAUAAAAGCUCUGAUGGACCUGUGGUACUAAAACGUAAACGAGGACGACCAAGGAAAUUCACCGAAAAUUUUGUCAAGCCCAAAAAAGUCAUUUGCCCAACCAAGGCUACCGAGAUUCACUGCAAGGAGGAAAUGCAGACCUCCCCAUGCCUUCCAAUAAUCCCAGAAGAGACUAAGAGUGUGCCUCUGGCUUCCUUUAAACCAAUGGGAUUUGAAAUGUCUUUCUUGAAAUUCUUGGAGCAGACUAACAAAUCUGAGCAAAAUUUGAUGAGACCAGUUAAGGUAACAGAAUGCGGUGAGACCCAAAAUAGUUCAAACAGCAAAAAGACCUGUGUCUGGUUCAGCAAUCAUCAGAACUUAAAGUCACUUUGCAUGGUUAAAAUAAAAUUAGAUCCAGCCUUUUCAGGUGUCCAAGGGCCUAUGUUGAAACAGUUGCAGGACAUGGACCCAGCUGUAGUGUUAGAAAAAUGUGACUGAUAGCUUUUGGAGGCUUUUUUCUUUUUUUAAAUACAUCAGUCUGAGUUGAUGGAAUUGUCGGUCUGUUUCACAGUACUAUCUGUACAGGUCUUUUUCAUAUUGUAAAGUGUAAAGCAUGUUCAAAUGGCAUCAGCUUGUGGUGUCUAAAUUAUCCCUGUGGGAAUUUGAGACAAAUGAGCUCUAUUCUGUGUGCAGUUGUGAAGAUUGAUUAUUUCGUGUUGUGUGUGUGUAUAUAUGUAUAUGUAUAUAUAUAUUUAUAUAUAUAUAUAUAUAUAUAUAUAUAUAUAGAUUUAAAAUUUCCCGCUGCCACCAGCAGUCUUAAGCAGUUUUUUUUUAUUAUUUUACUUGGUGGUUUUUGUUUUGUCUUUUAUAAGAUAACACAGCCCUUCAAUGUGUUUUUUGAAGGUUAAACUUCCUAGCGAUUGCAUGUAGAUCUAUAAAAUGAUUUUGUUACUUUUUCUCAAUUAAACUCACCUAUUAAAAUA